AUGUCAUACAGCAGUGCUCAAGGGACUAGCGUUGGCAGCCGGCCUAGCUGGCAAGAUCAGCUCGAUGCAUACUGUAGAAGUACCAAGCUGACUCCUCCUGUCUUCAACAUCGUCUCCGAUCGGCGAGGAGGUCGUACUGCCUGGUCUAGUACUGUCACCGUACAGGGCAUCCCGACUGCUAUCGCUGCCCGCUACUGGUAUGACGGCCAGUUCGUCAACAAUGCCAAAGAAGACGCCGCCGAGGUCGCCCUGAAGCUGUUGAGCCAGCAACCUAGAGCUUCGACCGUCUAUCAGGGACAACUCUUCCCCCAGCAAUCGACCAGUCUUGGCCGUGGUGCUGGUGGGUUCUGA